AUGUCUUCCAACACCAUGGAAAUUUCAUCGACCAACAACCACGAAAACAACUCAAUCGAUCACAAAGUCACUCAAGACAAGAUGGAGGUCGAGCACGUCAACAAGAAACCCAUCAAGCGUAUCGUUCCCGAGAAGAUCGCCGAGGUCGGCCAGUGGAAGGUCGCAAAGAUGGAGGACAAGACUACCGACGAGGAAGACAAGGCUGUCCAGAAGGAGGACAAGGCCCUCAACGAGCUUCACAAGGCACACGUGGCAGCGGUCUUGGUCGAAAUGGCAAAGACCAACUGA